AUGCUCUGGCUGAGACUCCUGACUCUCCUGAUGCCCGGCCUGGCCCCUGGGACGGGCCUGCCUGUCCGAGGCCCACAUCUUCCUGCACAACCCCACGCUGGGCCAUCUGAGGCUGACCAGGAGUUUGCAGAGGAGUAUCUAAGGCACUUUUACGACCACCGGCCUAAACCAGAGAGACAGAGGAGGAGUGUAGACUCAGCUGGAGAUGCCGAGUGGAGGAGUGGACUCUGUGAUAAGCUGCAGAGCAUGCAGCGCUUCUUUGGGUUACCUCCGAGCGGAGAGCUGACCAAAGAGACUCUGGCAGCUAUGAAGAGGCCGCGCUGUGGUCUGUCGGAUGUGGAACCAUUUGGAGACACAAUCCGAUGGAAGAGGAGCACCCUCAGCUACAGGAUUGCUGACUCCAGCCUUCCCAUCUCAGCCUCCAAGUUUCACAAAGUCAUCAGGGCAGCAUGGAAACUCUGGUCCAGUGUUGCACCGAUGAAAUUUCGCAAACGGAGCAGGAAAGAGGCCGACAUUGUCAUCUCCUUCCACAAUGGUGACCAUGAGGAUGGCUCACCUUUUGAUGGCAACGGAGGAAUCCUGGCUCAUGCCUUUCUGCCUGGGUCUGGGAUUGGUGGGGAUGUACACUUUGACGCUGAAGAAGACUGGAGCUUUAAUUCGACCGGCUUCAACCUAUUUGCUGUGGCAGCCCAUGAAUUUGGCCAUGCUAUGGGCCUGUCCCACUCAUCUGACCCUGGAGCCAUUAUGUACCCAGCAUAUAACUUUGCCUCCAAUUAUGAGCUGCAGCUCUCCUUCCGCGAUGUUAAAGAUAUCCAACACCUGUAUGGUGAGUUCAGUAUCAGUCCCAGUUUUGCUUCAUUAUUCUCAAAAAAUCCGCCUCCGAGAACACCUGAUAAAUGUGAUCCAGAUUUGUCCUUUGAUGCUGUAACACAGUUACAACAGGAGGUCCUGUUUUUCAAAGACAGAUUUAUGUGGCGCAAACAUCCUCAGUUUGAGGAGACAGGGAUCACUCUGAUUACCAAUCUGUGGACAGACAUUAUACCUCCCUUCUUGGAUGCUGUCUAUGAGAAUUGGGAGAGGAAUGUAAAUGUGUUUUUCAAAGGUCAUCAGUACUGGAUGCUGAAGCAGCUGAAACUGGAAGAAGGUUUUCCUAGAAACAUCUCAGACUUGGGCUUUCCCUCCAGAAUAAAAUCUAUAGAUGCUGCUCUUCAUUUCAGAAAUGACCACUACACUGUCUUCUUCACUGGCCAUGAGUGUUGGAAGUAUAAUGAGAAGCAAAAGAUGAUGGAGGGAUCACCUGUUCUCAUAGAGCAGCUGUGGCCGGGGAUUCCAGCUCCAAUAGAUGCAGCUGUCUUCUAUGAUGGAUUUGUGCACAUCUUCAAGGGAAACGUUCAUUAUACAUAUGACUCUAACACCAAAAGUGUUGUCUCCACCAACCGUGCCAACGACGUGCUGGAAUGCAACAGGGACCAGGAAAACAAUGAAAUACUGACGGAGAGGAGAUGA